GCGCGCGUCUUCAGCAAACUUCCACUAUCGGAAUGGAGAAGGUGAUGAAGUUGGCAUCUCAAAGAGCAGUUGUGGUCUUCAGUUUGAGCUCGUGCUGCAUGUGCCACACCGUCAAGAGUCUCUUCCACGACCUCGGCGUCGACGCCGCCGUGCACGAGCUCGACGAGGAUCCGAGGGGCAGAGAGAUGGAGAAGGCUCUUGCCAAGCUUGUGGGGCGUAGUCCGCCGGUGCCGGUAGUGUUCAUCGGCGGCAAACUGGUCGGAUCUACGGACAGGAUCAUGUCACUGCACCUCGGUGGCAAAUUGGUCCCUCUUCUUCGUGAUGCAGGUGCUCUUUGGGUAUAAGCAGUGAACUCCUGCGCUCUGGUCUCAUCAGACACACGUACACGACUCUUGUGAUGCAUCUCUCUCUCUCUCUCUUUACAUUACUACAUCAUGUAAAUCCAAAACAUAAGACACUGUGUCUUCGUGUUGCUCAGGUGGAUCGAACACCACUUUCUCAAGUAUCACCCUACUUUUCUAAUGCAUCUCUCUUUAGAAUGUACCAUGUAAAUCCGAAACAUAACACACUGUGUCUUCGUGUUGCUUAGGUGGAUCGAACACCACUUUCUUAAGCAAAACCCUGUUCAUCAUUACCCAUGU